AUGAUCAAUGUCAAUGAGGCUCUGCCCGGGCAUCAGUACCCAAGACAGGAGGAGGCCAGCGCCUUGGGCAGCAUUCCGUGGAGUGCCGUUGAGGGAUGGCUUCUCCUUGAAGACGAUGCUGAAUUCGAGUCCAGCGAGGCAAUUUUGGAUGACGAGUCGGAAGCCAAAUUGACAGCGCGAUAUCAGUCUGAAUUCGCCGCCCAGUUCGUGGCCAACCGGCAAUACGACGACAGCGGGCUCGGGCCCCCUGCCACGCAGACUCGAGCCGAUCCUGAAGUCGCGAUUCUGGCAGCUCAAAACCCAGAUGUGUCACAGCUGCAGAAUGAUGCGACUAGGUUUAUGAAGACACAUGCUGCGCCCAUCGGGUGGACUGAGAACCAAGCGUUCCCGUACAGGCCAGGGCCGCCGCCGCCAAGGGACGGACCGAUGGAUUGGCAGGACAUUGACCUCUCGGAUAUCUCAGAUGUUAAAAUGGAAGACUUGUCCGAGCGCCGAUACGACAAUCUGAACUGCCCGCAAAUUGCUCUUGCGAUAGGACUUACACUUCUCCAGUCCAAGGGGCCGAACUCGAAGAGAUCUCUGUCUACCAAAUGUGACCAGGUCCGAGAUCUCCUCCGUCGGGUCAGACCCGAGGGCGCCCGGCGAGCGAAGCCCCCGGGUCCGGCCAAGAUUGUCUUUUACGGCGAUUUCCUCUGGCCGCAGGAAGCUAAGAAGACUUAUCUCCUCUUCGGAGCUGCGGCCAAGGACAACGCAGCAAAGACUUCGAAGGCAACCAACGGCUUCCACGGCAUUGUAUAUGCCGUCCACGCCUCGUCCAACAUGCUCCUUUCCGACAAGAAUGACUUGAUUCAGAAGAACGAGGACUACGACCCCAAGCUCAACGACCUCACUACCACCGGUCGGAUCCCGGACUUGACUCUGCCUCAGACGCUGAUGCAGGUCAUGGACAAGAACGGAAAGGAGGUUGGCUGGCAAGGCAGCUUCCCCCUUUUUGGUACUCAACGCAUCACGGGCCCGGCGUCCAAGGCGGCCAAGGAGGCCAAGACGGUGGCGCCGUUUCAUGAGCUGAGCUUCUGGCAGAAGGUAGGCCACGUGAUGAAGUCGCAUGCCUUGGCUCUCGCCUUGCUGCCCGCCGUCUUCGUCGCCAAGUUUAUCCCGGGUUUGGGAGAAGUAGCUGAUGCGGCCGAACUUGCCGCGCUCUCUGCCGACGCCGUGGAUUGA